UUGGAUUUAGGGUUUUUUUUGGAUAUACUGAUUGUAAAAACUUUUCAGUAUUCACAGACACAAAACUCGUAACAUGGCGGAGAUGGAAUCAGCUGGUAAGCCCAGCACCGUCGUGAAAAGAGCUCUUUUGUUCUGAAUGUUAUCUUCUUAUCUAUUGGCAACUGUGGCGGUCCACUAGUUAUGCGUCUAUACUUCAUCCACGGGGGCAACCGAGUUUGGUUCUCGAGCUGGCUUGAAACCGGAGCUUGGCCGGUUGUUCUCCUCCCCAUCACCAUAGGUUACUUUUAUCGCCGCCGCAACCAGAACCGGUCAUCACCCACCAACUUCUUCCUCAUGAAAACUCGGUUGUUCAUUGCCUCAGCGGUAAUUGGCGUGCUUACUGGCUUCGACGACUAUCUCUACGCUUAUGGCGUGGCUCGUCUUCCGGUUUCCACUUCUUCUUUGAUCAUCGCUUCCCAGUUGGCUUUUACUGCAGCUUUUGCAUAUCUUUUGGUCAAACAAAAGUUUACCUCUUACUCAAUAAAUGCAAUAUUUCUGUUAACCGUUGGAGCUGGUAUUUUAGCACUACAUACCAGCAGUGAUCGGCCUGCUAAUGAAUCAAACAGGGAGUAUUUGUUAGGGUUUCUCAUGACAGUCGCUGCGGCCGCUUUGUACGGCUUUAUAUUGCCGCUGGUGGAGUUGUCGUACAAGAAGGCCAAACAAGAACUAAGCUAUGCUCUUGUUUUGGAGAUUCAGAUUGUGAUGUGCUUGUUUGCUACAGCAGUGUGCACUGUGGGAAUGCUAAUUAAUAAUGACUUCAAGGUAAUUGGAAGAGAAGCUAGAGAGUUCGAGCUGGGUGAAACAAAGUAUUAUAUUUUGGUGGUGGGAAGUGCAUUAAUCUGGCAAUGUUUCUUCAUUGGAGCAAUAGGUGUGAUAUUUUGUGGGUCGUCUUUGUUAUCAGCUGUAAUAAUCGCUGUUCAACUACCGAUAACAGAAAUUCUGGCAGUGAUUUUCUAUCAAGAGAAGUUUCAAGCAGAGAAAGGUGUUUCUCUUGCCCUCUCUCUCUGGGGCUUUGCUUCAUAUUAUUAUGGGGAAUUUAAACACGCCAAAGAGGAGAAACGUACUGCUCAAACAGAAAUGCUUCCGGUUUCCAACCAUGAUGAACCGCAGCCAUGCGAGUUAUAAUUGAAGUUAUUUUAUCUUUUUGGCAAUCGAGCCAAAUCUCUGUUUGUGGCAAUAUUAAAUGCUUUAAUCUUAACUUAAACUUCAAAGCUAGAAAAAAUCCAAUUCGUUUAUCUUGUCUGUCAGUGCACUGGUUUUUGUCGCCAUCAGACAUGGAUGCCCUCUCAUCAAAGCAGAGCGAAAUGUUAUCUUAGGUCUGUGUGAAAAACAGGGCAGUUAAAACAUUUAUUAGAUAUAUGAAGUAGAAGAAGUCACGGGUGUUACUUUUUCUUUAUCGUGCUUCCCUUGAUAUUCAUCUAUCUGAAUUUUUAAUAUUCGUGCUGUCCUUACUUCA